GGAAAACGACAUUGGAUAGUGGAAUUCAAGGGCACUUUUAGGUGGAUUUUUAAAUGACCUGUCAGUUAUCAUGAUAAAAAAGGACUCACAGUCAGGAUUACUCUUCAAAAUUGUUUUGAUAGGUGAUUCGGGAGUUGGAAAGACAAAUUUACGUUCCCGUUUUACUAAUGAUGAGUUUAACCUUGAAAGUAAAAGCACAAUUGGUGUUGAUUUUGCCACAAAGAAUGUAAAAAUUGACGGAAAAGUUGUUAAGGCUCAAAUAUGGGAUACAGCUGGUCAGGAGAGAUAUCGGGCUAUUACGUCGACUUAUUAUCGUGGUGCAGUUGGUGCUCUUCUAGUUUAUGACAUAUCGAAACCGCAUACAUUUUUCAAUUUAGACAAAUGGUUAGAAGAAUUGAAAGAAUAUGCUUCAGAUGAUAUUGUAGUUAUGUUAGUGGGCAAUAAAUGUGAUUUGAAACAUUUACGUUGUGUAUUAACAGAAGAUGCUCGAAAAUUUGCAGAAGGAAAAGGUAUAUCAUUUAUGGAGACAUCAGCAUUAGACUCGGUCAAUGUUGAUGAAGCGUUCAAUCAAACACUUGAAACUAUUUAUAGAGUUAUGAGUAAGCAUCCAUCAUUUAAUACCGAUGAUACAAAUAUUACGCCGACAAAUAAUCUACCUAUUGAAGAGCCAGAUUCAAAACAAUCAAUCAGAAAAAAAUUCUGCUGUGCAUAGAAUCGCGCACUGCUUAGAAAAUGUUUACUCAUUUUGUGCACUUAUUAAAAAUGAAGCAUUGUAUACAAUUAUUGUAUUUUUCAAAUGAGUUGAAUUUUGCCGCU